GGUCGAGAUGACAUGACCGCGUCGCGCGGAGCUCAUCACCGCAGCAAUCGUCUCCUACUCGUCGCCGCAUGUGUGAUUGGUCGCUCACUGAACCAUAGACGCGGCUGCGCUGUGCUUCCAGGGCCGUCGCCCUGGAGCUCCUGGGAAACCCGCGACGGACUCCGCGUCGACUCGCGCCGCCCCGAGUGGCACGGCCGCCUCGCUCGGCGGGCGGCGCUCGCGGGGGGCUCCGGCGACGAGCACGAGCGCGCCGAGUUCCUGGUCGCCCACGAGGCGAGGCACGGGCGCUGGGCGUACGAGGGCCUGGCGCAGGCCAUGUGCAACCGGGGGCACGCGGUCCACUUCCUCUCCCUGCCGCGCCUGGGCGACGACGCCCGGGCGGACGAGGCCGCGCUGGCCGGCGCCCUCGAGGCGGUGCGCGGGCUCCACGGGGCGGGGCAGCACCUGGUCGUGCUCGGCCACGGCCUCUCGGCCACGAGCCUCUGCAGGUGCCUCGCCGCCGCGGCGGACCCCGCCGCGCUCUGCGCCGCCGCCGUGCUCGCGGCGCCGUGGCCGCUGCGGGCCGGCGUGGAGCGCCAGGCCCUCGCGGCCGCGGCCGCGGCCGCGUCCGACGAGGGCCUGUGCCGGCGGCUGAUGUUCUCGCCCGGGGCGGCAGGCGAGGACGUGGCAUUCUGUGUGAGUGGCCUGCGCCUCUCGGAGCCGCUGGCCGACGAGGCCCCCGCCAGCGCGGCCGCGGCGCCCGCUCUGGAGCGGUGCCUGGCGGCCGGCAGCGCGCUGAGCGACCGCAUUCUGGUGGUGGGGGGCGGCGCGGACGCACUGGUGCCCCAGGAGGCCCUGGACGAGAUAGCCGACGCCUUCCUGGCAGGGGAUCCGAUCGUCAUGGAGGGCUGCGGACACAGCACCGCGGCCGGUUAGCUGGCCGCCCCGGGGGCCAGGGGGUCUGGGGCAACCAGGCACACCCUCAAGUUUGCAGGCACCAGAGUUCCUCCUUCCUCCUCCCGCCUUUCCCUCAUCCCACCUCCUCCGUUCUCCUUUCUCCCUGCUCCGCUUCUUUCUCCUCCUCCUUCUCCAUCUCCAGACUUGAUGGGUAUGGCGGCCUUUCGGCCUUCAAAGGCUUCAAAGCUUAUGUUUAAUAGCCAUGUUUUGAAGUGGUUGAAGCAUAAGGAAUUGUGUCGACGCGCGCGCGAGGCGUCGCGCGCGCUUGUGCCCCGCAUGCUGUCUGCUGCAAUCGGUACUUUGGAGAAAAAAUGUGUUAAAUUAACGCAUGCGCAUCGCAGAGAUUUAUUGGGUGGCGGUGUACAAUUCAUUUCUGAGGGCGAGCGAUUUUAUACACCGCCACCCUCUGUAAAAUCACAGAGGGAACUCGUCGGCGGGUGUCUGUGUACCUACCUUUCGUGGAGUAGCACUGGCCCCUUUCCUACGGACCGAGUUCUCGUCCAGAAGAUUGAAGGCCACCGGAAGCCGAAAAUUGUCGGAAGUGUGCCGUCUUGAUGUUUUCUCCACGCGGGGAUGUCAGGGCUGCCCCCGUGGGCCCCGCUGGGACUGGCCAGCCGGCCGCGGGCGCGGCCUGUUCCUGGACUCGCGAUCGUCCAAGGACGCGGCUGGCGUCGUCCUGGACUGGACGCGGCUCCUGUUCUCAUGCGGCUACCUCGCGUGAGAAAAGGCUCCGGCGGCGCGCACCGACGGGGUGGCGCGAGGGCGUCUCCGAGACAUGGUUUCUCCAUGUCCCCCACCAGGAAGCCGAUCUGCAUGUCAAGAGAAG